AUGAAUUCAUUAAUUAAUUCUCCAUUGUUACCGAUUGAGUUGAUGCCUUGGAGAAGUGCCAUCGAGCGAUUAAAAUUUCAAAAUCGAGUAUGUACAACCUUCAUUCCCAAGGAAACAAAUAAAGAAUGCUGUGUUUGCAAUUAUAAUCAUCCCAAAAGUGAUCUUCCUGGACUCAAUGAAAAAUGGAAUUGGAAAAAGCAUACAAAGCAAGAAACCACGAAUUCUUAUGGAAUUUUACCUCGAUCAAAUAGUCCUUACUUACGAUGCGAUAUAGAAACAGACCUUGAACAGCUUUGUUUCGUACUAUUCGGUGUGUGGAAUAUGCCCGUGCCUGGUCUUAUUAUGCGAAUGAUUGGCGAUAUCGAUACAACUCCAAAUAUUAAAAUAGAGAAAGAACUUUUAAAAGGCAUAUCCGAUGCUGCUCUUGCUUCUGAUGCAUGGAUUAUUACCAAUGGUUACAAAGAAGAAAGCAUUUCAGAAUUGGUCGGCGAAAUGGUUUACAACAGUCGAAUUAGAAAUACAUGCACUGCUUUCAGCGCAAUUGGUGUUGGUAAAUGGGGUAAUAUUCAUGAUUGUCAUAAGCUUGAACAGAGAAAUUUUAAUAUGGACUCGAUGGCACAUACAGGUCAUGGACGAUACAAACUUGAAUUAAAUCAUACACAAUACUUGUUUUUUGAUGAUGGAACGUGUGAUUCACUGGACACCGGUGAAUUUGCUUCGAACUUGGCUCGGCAGAUUUCACGUGGAGCAAGACGAAGAAUACCCUUGAUUACAAUCCUCGCGGGUGGCACUCCUCAUUCUCUCUCAUCAAUAUAUACUGAUUUGGAAAAUAAAAUUCCAAUCGUGAUUAUUAGCAAAUGUGGACCAUUAGCUGAUCUAUUGUUCAAAUACUUGAAAUUGACGGAGAAUUCUUAUAAAGAUAUGAGUGUGAUGGAUCAUGAGCUUAAUGAAGUCCAACACAAUUCAUCUUCUGACUCAGAUGAUGACACAGAUGCAAAAAUGUUCGAUGAAGUACUCUCUAAAGAUCAUAGUGAUCUUAGUCCAUCUUCUCUAACAAACGAAAAGUUAAAACGACUGUUGAAAGUGCUUGGUCGUUAUCGUCAGGAGCUUAUCAAUGAUGUCCGUCAACUCUAUAGUAUCGUUCGGCAGCAAGAAUAUGAAUCUCAAGGGAGACGAUUACCUGCAGGUGAAUUAUUGAGUGUGGAAGAAGAAAAGGCUCUCGAAAAUUAUUUAUACCAAAUGGCCAGCUGUUUAAAUGCUCCUUUUCGAGAUAACAUCCAUCUCUUUCAUACUGAAUCAUCGGAAUCCCUAAAAGAAACGAUUUUUCCUACAUUUGUUCAAGCACGCAAUAAUCUUUCACAAAUAAAGAAAAAAUUUUACACAACUAUCGAUGAACAAUUACAUUUGGCACUUCGUUGGAGUAUUGGUGAUGCAACCGACAAUCAAUCCGUAGCGACUACCCAGAUUUGGAAUGACACAAACAAAGCUCAACAGAAUCGAUUGCUUUUGAUUGAUGCACUUAGCAAAAACAUGCUCAUGUUCGUCAUGAAUUUCGUGAAACUCGACAUUGAUUUUACCGUUCUGUUUCCUCCUGCGACUACAACAUCAAAAAGAAUUGUUAGUCGUUGGUCUCGUAAAUAUCAUUAUUUAGAAGAAAUGUACUCAGAUGCAAAACGCAUCAACUACGAUCCAUUGUAUCUGUUGGAUCAGAUCAGUAAAAAGCUCACGUUUACCGAAGAAAAGCACUUGGUUAUUGUCUUAGAGAAACUCGUCGGUGAUUUCAUGCGUCCUCUGUAUGAUGGUCAACCAGACAUAGAAUUAGUGUUAUUGGGAACCGAAAUCGACAUGGAAAACAAAGACAAUACCGAUGCGGAACAUAUUUAUCGCGAUCUUUUUCUUUGGUGUAUCUUAACUUAUCGACUUGAUAUGGCGAAAAUAUUUCUUGGUCAAUUGAAAACUCGCAUCUGUUCUGCACUGAUUGCUGCGAAGAUUCUUAAAUCGUUGUCAGCUUAUGCUCCUGAUUAUGUCGCUAAAGAUACAUUGUAUUCCAGAGCGGAUGAGUUCGAAAUUCAUGCAAUUGAAUUCGUUCGACAUGCUUAUAUGAACGACAAGCAUCAAGCGUGUGAAUUAAUUAUGCGAUGUACGAAAAUUUAUGGAGGCGUCACGUGCCUACAAAUGGCUGUCACUGCAGAUUGUAAAAGAUUCUUACACGAAGAUGCUUGUCAAGCUUUGUUAACGAAUAUCUGGUACGAUAAGGUUGAUCCUGUUCGAGAACAAAACAUUCUUGUUAUUAAUAUUCUUACCUUCGGAAUUGCUCAAAUUUUCCUUUCAAUUUAUCAGAAACAUUUCUCAAAAUAUUCAGGUAUCAAACCAGAAAGUUAUAUGAUCAGAUCAGAAAAACCAAAACGAUUAUUGAACAAAAACGGAAUUGAUUAUACCGAUGAUUAUGAUGCACAUGGAACAGUAUUUCAACAUUUUUCUCAUUUCCACAAUCGACCCGUUGUGAAAUAUUGCUAUAGCUGUAUUGGUUAUAUUUUCUUUUUGACCUUCUUCAGUUAUUACAUGCUCUUUGCAUUUGGCCCAUUGACAAAAACGAACCACAUGCAUUGGACUGAGAUCUUGACUAUCACUACAGUUACUACGAUGCUUUUCGAAGAAUUCCGACAAGUACUCUCUCAAGAUAGUCGAUCGUUGAUGGGGAAGAUUCGAUCUUAUUUUGAUUUGGAAAAUCGAAUAUCGAAUUUAGUUCUGGUACUCCCGGCAUAUCUGCUGUUCUAUUUGGGACUGGUACUUCGUUUUACAUGUCACACCCCUGAAAGCUUUGAAUCCGCGCGAAUUGUAAUGGCGAUAGAUUUAGAAUUGUGUUUUAUUCGUUCAGUGCUAUUCAUUGGCAUCGCUUCACAUCUCGGUCCUAAAAUUGUGAUGAUUCGAAAAAUGACGAACGAUCUUCUCUUGUUUAUUAUCUUCAUUGUUAUAUUUAUCUGUGGCUAUGGAGUCACCUCAAGAUCUAUGACAGCUUAUGGCUCAACUGUUUUCAGCGUGCAAAAACUCUUCAAUGAUAUCAUCUAUCCUGUCUACUAUUUCGUUCAUGGUAGCAUCGAUAAUGAACGUAGUCAGCUGGAUGCCAAACCAGAUAUUAGCACGACGGUUGUAACACAAAUCAUAUUUGCAUUUCAUAUGCUUUUUGUCAAUGUAUUACUGAUCAACUUAUUGAUUGCCUUAUUCAGUUUUAAAAUAAACGAUGUUCAAACACAAGCACGCUAUGUUUGGGCUUAUGACCGGUGUGACAUCAUCCGUACUUAUCAUGCUCGACCAGCGUUAUUUCCUCCGUUUACAUUUUUGAUCUCGUCUCUACACGUUGGUUACCGACUUUGUAAAAAGCUGUAUGGAAUAUGUUUUCGAAGAGGGGCACCCUAUAAUGAUCAAUCGCAGUGUUUCAAAAUGAUUCCAAUGAAUGAUGAUGUUGACUAUGCAUGGUCAGAAUUCGAACGAUAUUCGACGAAUGGUUAUAUUCGGGAAUUACUUGAUGACCUAAAUACAGCACUUGCUAAAGGAAUAAACACGAACAUUUCGUCCCAGUCUGCAUCAACGCAAGUGGAUGAAUUGAGCCGUAUAAAAAAAACCAUCAGUGAAUUUCAGAGCGAUUUAGAAGACACACUUAAUGACAAUGAUGAUAAGUUAGAUUCCGUAAAAUCGAUUAUUACCGAUCUUAAAACCAGAGUUAUUCGAAUGGAAGCUAGCUCUAAUCAAACAAACAAACAAAUGAACGAUAUCAAAACAACAUUGGAUCGGAUCAUGACGGCACUAAUUAAUUCGAAUAUAGGCAAAUUCUCUCCUCCAAUCAGUCGCGAUACAUCCCGAGCUAAUUCGCUCAGUCACAAGCAUCAUUCUACCUUGACCCUUGAUAGAUCUAAUCAACAACUGACAACAAUAGAUCAUCCCGUAACAUCCCAACACCAUGAUCAAUUGGCGCCGACAAAUAUUCGUAUUACAUACGCUGAUCAACCAAACAAUAACACUGAUCUCUAG